AUGUUCGCAUUCAUUUUACGUGGUGAGAUUUUGUCGCAAACUUACAUGAGACAUGAACUGAUUGUGACGGUGCUUAAAGAAGGCUUAACGAUUGCGCUUAAUUUACCACAACAGAAUCGUGUGGAAGCAAGAAUACCGGCGAAACUUCUCGACAAUCAAUGGCACACAAUACAAUUUUUAUACCGAUUAGGAAACUUAAAUGUGAUCAUUGACCGAAAUUCUGUUGUUGUUGCCAACUCUACACACAAUCGAGAUCUUUUAACUGAUCAAGAAAUUAAAAAUGAAGCAGCAGUUUUAAUUCUUGGACGACAAUAUUCGGGUUGUCUUCUUCAUGGUCCCGGUUUGAUGUUCAAUAAUUCAGAAAUUACUGUUGAAGGCGUUUUAUUUGGAUCAUGCCCACUUGCACCGGGUUAUUGUAAUCCAGAUCACGAUAUUUUAAUAAGAGAACCAGUGGAUCAUUGUUUGAACUUUCCAUGCAUGCAUGGUCAGUGCAUUUCCCGACCAGAAGAAUAUGAAUGUCAUUGUCCAGCACGAUAUGCCGGCAAGAAUUGCGACAAAGAUCUCGGUUCACCUUGUGAAAAGAAUCCAUGCAGGAAUGGUGGAUCUUGUGAAGAAGAUCGUAUCGGAAACUACAAAUGUUACUGUUUAGCAGACUUUACUGGAAAAUUUUGCGAGACGCCAGUUGACACGCAUCCAUUGUGCGAGAAGAAUCCGUGUUUUAAUAACGGAACAUGUCGCGUUCCACUGAACAGUAAAACAUACGAAUGUCAAUGUUUGGAUGGAUUUUUUGGAGUGAGAUGCGAGACGAAUAUUAACGAUUGCGAAUCGCAACCGUGUCAGAACAACGGAAUUUGCAUUGAUGAAGUUGGUGGAUUUUCUUGCGAUUGUAGUCGAACCGGAUACAUGGGAAAUCUUUGUCAAAGAAACAUCGAUGAAUGUGCGAGAAAUCCUUGUCAAAAUAAUGGAAUUUGUUUCGACAACUACGGCUCAUACACAUGUGAAUGUCAGUCAGGUUUUGGUGGCGAUAAUUGUGAUCAAAUUGUCAACGAAUGUCAAUCGUCUCCCUGUCUCUACGGUGGCAACUGCAUUGAAACAGAAAAAGGUAACUUUAAGUGCAUAUGUGGAAAAGGUUUUUCGGGAGAGUUUUGUGAAAUUACCCCGCAAUGUCCCAAUUGUCCACGUGAUUCGGAAUGUUUGGAUGGGCGGUGUGUUUGUAAACACGGCAUGACAGGUGUAGUUGGCCAAUGCUCCCUGCCUUCCACCAGUCCUCCCCAAAAAACUGCUCGAUCAAAUGCAUGUUCAAGCUAUUGUUACAAUGGUGCUACUUGUUUGGGGAAAGAAACAAAUGUAACGUGUAUAUGUCCUAGUAACUACACAGGAAGUCGAUGUGAAACGCCACUUGCACUAGCUUACCAAGAUGAAUGCCAAUGCAAUAACGGUGGAUCGUGUCUACCGAAUAGCAGCAAUGAUUGCAUUUGUCCACCAGGUUUUGAUGGUAAACUUUGUGAACAUGAAGUAACAGCAGCAGAUUGUUUGGAUGGAAAUUGCGCUUGUGUCGCAAAUCCUUGUCCUAAUAAUGCGACAUGCCAUCCAAAGUCAGGAACGUUAAGUGAAUUUACUUGUUCAUGUCAGCAAGGCUAUCAUGGAUCGAAUUGUGACGAUAUUGAUGAAUGCAAAGAAUUGAAUUCCAAAGAUAUUUGCGGUCAUGGGAUUUGUGUUAAUACUCCUGGAACUUACCAAUGUUAUUGCCAGCCUGGUUAUACUGGAAAGAAUUGCAAUAUUGAUGUCGACGAAUGCUUACCAGGCCCAUGCAAAAAUGGCGCCACAUGCAUUGACAAAGUUAAUGACUACGAAUGUAAAUGUGCAGCGGGAUUUGAAGGAAAAUCAUGCAGCAUUGACAUUGACGAAUGCGCGUCAAAUCCUUGCUCGAAAGGAUCAACAUGUGUCGAUCAAAUCGCUGACUAUUCUUGUGUUUGUAUUCCGGGCAUGACUGGUCGAAAUUGCGAGAUUGACAUCGAUGAUUGUGAACCUCAACCUUGCUUUAAUUCUGGCUUGUGCAUUGACCAGCUAGGAGGAUUCAAAUGUGAUUGUUCUGGUACUGGAUUUUCAGGGUCUGUUUGUCAAUUAAACAUCGAUGAAUGUGAAUCAAGUCCUUGCAUUAAUGGCGCAGUUUGUGAAGAUAAAAUCAACGAUUAUCAUUGCGCUUGUUAUCCAGGAUAUGAAGGAAAAAAUUGUGAAAAGGAUAUCAACGAGUGCGAAUCAAGUCCAUGCCAAUAUGGUGGAACAUGUUUAGAAAGAUCAAAUCAAACUUUGUAUUUGUUAUCACAUUCAGAGAAGAAUUUCCUUCCACCAAUAUUUUCAAAGAAGUUUAACUAUGAAAACGUCAGUGGAUAUGAAUGUAUUUGUGUGUCGGGAACCAAAGGAAAAAAUUGCGAGAUAAAUAUUAAUGAAUGUGACAGUAAUCCAUGCUCAAAGUUCGGAACAUGCGUUGAUGGAAUCGGCAAUUAUACUUGCGAAUGUGAACCUGGUUUCACUGGUCAUCAUUGUGAUGAAGACAUCGAUGAAUGUGAAACUCAUCCAUGCUUACAUGGAACAUGCAUUGAUGGGCGCAAUAAUUACUUAUGUGAUUGUGAUGCAAAUUAUGGUGGGAAGAAUUGUUCUGUUGAACUUACUGGAUGUCAUUCUGAACCAUGUAAGAACGAUGGUUUUUGCAUUCCAUAUUUGGAAGAUGAAACAGAACAUAAAUUCAACUGUACAUGUAAAAAUGGAUUUUAUGGAAAAACAUGUGAAACUGUCAGUACGAUGAGUAUAAUUGAUGGAAGUUUGAUCACAGUAAAGACAAUGAGAGAAGAAGGCUACGAUAUUCAACUAAGAUUCCGUACGACGUUACCAAACGGAAUUUUAGCUUUUGGAACUGCUUUGGAUAGUUCAGUAAGUCCUAACAGUUACAUCCUUGAGUUAGUUAAUGGAAGAUUAAAUCUCCAUUCUUCACUUCUAAACAAAUGGGAAGGAGUUUUCAUUGGAUCUGGUUUGAAUGACAGCGAAUGGCAUAAAGUAUUUGUUGCUAUAAACUCAUCACAUUUGGUGCUGUCAGCUAAUGAUGAGCAAACAAUUUAUCCAAUAAAUUCUUACGAGGGCACAAAUGGAAGUCACACAAGCUUUCCUGUGACUUAUCUUGGCGGUUACAUCAAUCGUGAUAUUAACAAUCCAGUUCCAUUCCUAAGACAUUUAACAAAUCAUGUCGCGCCUUCAAAUUUUGUUGGAUGUUUGGAAGAUAUUGUCAUUAAUGGUCAAUGGGUGUUGCCGGAAGAAGACGAUUCAAGUGUCAACUUAACAAAAAUUGAGAUUGGAUGUCGUCGAGAGAAGCAAUGUGAUCCAAAUCCGUGCAACUCGAAUGGUCUUUGUACUGAUCUUUGGCAUACUUUCUCAUGCGCUUGUCAACGUCCACAUUUAGGACUAACAUGUAAAUAUAGCAUUGCAGCAGCAACAUUUGGUCAUGAGAAUGUCACAAAAUCUGCUGUUGUUGUUAACGUUAGUGACACUGCACGACGUGCAAUUCGCUCGAUUCUUGACAUUUCAAUGUUUGUACGAACACGAAAACAAAUGGGACAAAUAUUUUACUUAGGAUCAGAUCCAAAUCAACCACUUGGACCGAAUGGUGAAGUUCGAGAACAAUCAUCGAUAUCUGCUUCAUUGUCAAAAGGAGAACUCACUGUACAUAUGAGAUUUAAUGGAACGCCUGAAACUUAUGCAGUCGGUGGUAAGCAACUUGAUGAUGGAAACAAUCAUUUGAUCGAAGUUAUUCGAAACUCGACACUUGUACAAGUGAAACUUAAUGGAACGGAAUAUUUCCGAAAGACUUUAUCAACGACUGGUCAAUUAAAUGCUCAAGUUUUAUAUCUUGGCGGUCCACCAACAUCACUUGACUCUGAACAUGACGACAAAGAUUAUUUCAAAGGAAUCAUUCAAGAUGUUCAAGUGUCAAAUGGAUCACAUGCAAUGAUGGUUGAACUUUAUCCAUUAGACGCUGAAGAAGAUUUAGUUCUACCGCCUCCAUUCGGAAAAGUUUCAAUUAACACUGAAUCAGUGUUAAAAGGUGAAGUGUCGGAUGAUCUUUGUCGGACGAAACCAUGUGAACAUGACGCGACAUGCAGAAAUACUUGGAAUGAUAUCAGUUGUGAAUGUACCCGAGGCUACAAAGGAAAAUAUUGCGAAGGAAUUCAAUUUUGUGAGCUUCAUAGAUGUCCUGGAAAGGCGACAUGUGUUGAUCUUAAUUAUGGCUACGAUUGUAUAACAAACAUGACAUUUAAAGGCAAUGAAGAUCAUCCACUUCAAUAUUAUUUCAUAGCAAAGCCGGAGAAUGAUUCAGAGAAGUCAGCAGCGACAUUUGAGAAGACUAUUGAGAUAUCUUAUCGCACAAAAACUGGUGGAACCUUGCUGUAUGUUGAAGAUGAACAAGACAUGUAUUUUGAAAUUGCAGCUUAUAAAGAUUUAGUGACAAUUCAAUGGCGAUUGUCGACAGAUCUUCCAGAACCUCAUCGCUUUACAAAAGACAAUUCAGCUGACUAUGAUUGGAAUGUUCUGUUCAUUCGUGUCACUGAGAAUAAAUUAGAAGCUGGUUGGAAAGGUUGGGAAGUUUUAGAUCUUCAACCGCCAGUAUCAAGUCACAUUGAUAUGAAAGCUUUCGAAUAUCUUUUCUCGGGCGAUUAUCCGAUUUCAUUAGGUGGAAUGGAUCAAACAAAAACAAAUUCAAUUCUUAAAGGACUUAAUGCAAAUGGUGCAUCUUUUAAAGGAUGCAUUGGCGAGACGAGAAUUGAUGGAUUGCUUUUGCCAUUCUUCACACAACCAGAACUUGAAGCUGACAAUCUUCCACCCAGGCCUCACUUUAGUUUGAAUUCAACGAAACCUGAAGAAGGCUGCAUCUUGUGCUUUGAACAAGACUGUAAAAAUGGUGGAAUUUGUAGAAAUCCUUCAGAGAAUUAUGCAUGCGAUUGUCCACUUGGUUAUGAGAAAGAUGAUUGCUCUCAAAACAUCGAUGAGUGUCUUCAAGCUGAAUGCAAAAACAACUCGACAUGUAUCGAUGACAUUGGCUUUUACACAUGUCAAUGUUUGAACGGAUACGAAGGAAAACUUUGCGAAAAUGAGAUUGAUGAAUGUGAAGCUCAACCAUGUCACAAUGGUGGAAAUUGCACAGAUUUGAUUGCAGACUUCCAUUGUGAUUGUCAUGAAGAUUAUGCUGGAAAGCAAUGCGAUGUGUUGAGACUUGUGACGUGCGAGAAUUCACCUUGCAAAUCAGGAUCGACAUGUCAAGAUGGAUUUAAUUCAACGACAGGCAACAACUUUACUUGCAUGUGUCGAGAAGGCUUCCAAGGAGCUCUCUGUGAUUACGCUUAUUGUAUCGUUGAACCUUGUAAAAACGAAGGCGUUUGUUUAUCUGACAUUCCUUCACCAAUUUGUGAUUGCAAAGAUGGAUAUGGUGGAAGAUAUUGUCAGUUAAAUAUCAAUGAAUGCGAGUCUGUGCCAUGUCAGAACAAUGGAUCUUGCAUCGAUCUCAUAGCUGAUUACGAGUGCGAUUGCACUGGGACUGGCUUCAUUGGAAAGAUUUGUGAGAUUGACAUUGACGAAUGUUUGACUGAAAACAUCUCUUGUGGUGGUCAAGGAACUUGUAUCAACACGAAAGGAUCUUACAAAUGUCAAUGUAACGAAGGAAUGUGCGGUCCCGAAUGUAGUUUACUUGAUCCAUGUCAAGAAAAUGAGCCUUGCAUGAAUGGAGCGACAUGUGUGGAAACAUGUUCGACAUUUUCUGAUUACAAAUGUCAAUGUCUUCAAGGAUAUGCUGGAAAGAAUUGUUCUGAAGUGGCACUUCUUAAAUCGGGCACAUCAUUUGGUGACAUUGCCAUAAUUGUUAUUCCUAUAAUUGUUGGAAUAUUAGCAAUUUGUGGCAUAGUUCUCACGACUUUCAUAGUCAUGGCGAGAAACAAACGAGCGACACGAGGCACGUACAGUCCAUCAGCUCAGGAAUAUUGCAAUCCAAGACUCGAGAUGGACAACGUGUUAAAACCACCACCGGAGGAACGACUAAUUUAGAUUCUCGUUAAUUAAUUUUUUCAUUGUAUGAACAUUGAUUGUUUGAUAAUGUGAGAGUGUGUGUGUGUGUGUUUGGGUAAGUGAGAAAUUCCAUGAACGGAUCUGAGGUUUUCACUUAGCUUUUAAUGUGAUAUGACUUGAAGUGAAAUGAAUGAGAAUGUUAAAAAUGUAGCAACUUAAAUAAUUAAAAUUAUUAAAUAAAUUAAGACAUGAAAGUUGUGAGAUAAUGAAAGACAUUCAAGAAUUGUACUUAAGCUUCUAUUUUUAUUGUUUUAUUAAGCUUUUGAACAUCACAAAAGAUUCUUAAUAAAUGUUUUGUGGCCUUAAGAAACUUCACUCCGGUUCUCUUAAAUAUUCCAUUCCGUCGACCUUGACUCUUUGCCGUCCACAAGAAUAUAAAUAAAUAUUUUUUUAUUCUUAUGAAAUAAAAAUGAACAAAACAAACCUUAGAUUAAGAUUGAUUUAGAUAGAUUAAUGAGAAUUCUUUUAAUUUAAGAACAUGUCCGUAUGAACUAUGCGGAAACUCAAAAGUGGCAUUGCAAGUACAUAAUUUCUUUGUAAAAACAAAUGGCAGAAGUAUAAUAAAAUUAAUUUAAUAUAAAGAUUUCUUUGAACUUUUAAUUUAUCUUUAGAAUUAAAU